AUGCCAAUGACCGAAUACAGCAAAUUCGUGUCAGAAAGAUGGAAAAAUUUAUCUGAAAGAGAGAAGUUGUAUUUACAAAGGAAAUAUCAAAUAAAUCGAGAUCAAGAAUUACGACGAGAACAUGUGACUGUUAGCGAUCAAUGCAACGUAAUUCAUGAGAGAGGGCACAAACAUAUUGGACGAUUACAAAAAAAUGUAACCGACAAAAUUGAAAUUGCUUCGAAUCAUCACGUGUUAAGUAAUCGAUCCGAAACCGACCAAAUUGUAGCGUCUCCUAAAGUUGUUGCUUCUGGCCUGAUUCGAGACUGUUUUUUCACCGAAAGUCCUUCGGACUUUAUUAAUGAUGAUAUCUUAAAAUUCAAGAAAAUUCAUUUGUCGGAAUUAUAUUACGAUCAAUCACGACCGAAAUCACUAUCGCUAUAA